UUGGCGCAGUAAAGACUACGUAAUUAUCUUGAUACUUAGUCAUAAUUAACGGUCUUUAGAUCUAAAGUAUACGAGAAAUUAAAAUCCUAAACUGUAGACUAUAGUUUAAAUUUUUCAAGUUAAAGUUCAUCAGUAUUCAAGGUCUUUGUUCGUAAUUUGAAUAGUAGUGCAUAAUCUGAAUGACGUUUUUGCAGGCAAGAUUUAAUUUUUUAAGGAGAUUUUUUUUUCUAUUCAAUAGCAACUUUGGAGGGGAUAAAAGCCAAAAAAAAUUUUUUCGCAUCCUAAUACACAGACGUGUAAACGUAUUUGUUUGUAUUUGGGUGUAAAGGCUGAGCUUUUUUCGAAAAAGAGUUAAAUACAAGAUUUUGAAACUGAGAACGUGGCAUCGGUUAAGAAUGAGGAUUUUGAAAGUAGAACUGAAAAAAAUUUUUUUUUGGAAUUCUUAAUUUUCACAAAAUGCUAAAUAUUUAAAAUUAAAUUUUGAAUACAGACUUUUUUCGUUACACAAAUACGCAAAUUUUUUUUACUGUGUAAUGUUUAGACGAGCGAAAUAUGGCAAUAAAAUAAAAAAACGAAACAGAGAAUUAGGAAGUUCCUAUUUUUUGAUUUUUCAAAAUUUUGCUAACAACACGAAGUAAAAUGCUCGCACCGCGAAAAAAAUUUAAAUCUUUGAAAAGAGCGUUAGUGUUAUUUAUUUAUAAACUAAACAAUAUUAAAACCAAUGAAUUCAAAGUUUGAUAUGCGUAUAAAAUUCAAAUAAAAACAAACAAUGAUAGUAAAAAAAAAUUUUUUCAAUUCUAUAAUAAUAAGUAGUAAAUAUUAUUAUUACUCGCUUGCGAAAUCGAGUGCGAUUUCAUACUCGAAUCGUUUAUUUAAUCUUUCUAAGGACAAAUUUAGGGGACCAAUCACAAUACGAGCUAUGAGCAACAAGUAACAGAUGUUUUAUAUGUCGAAAUUUGACUUCGGUAAUAUUCACGACUAUGGCAUUGACGUCAUCACUAUCGCUCUUCUUCUAAGGCUAUUUUUUUAUUAUCUUUCGUUACAAGUGGGAUUUAUUCAAAAUUCACUGGAAAUCUGGCUAUUCCACAAUAUCAUCAUUCGAAUAAAAUUUGUGUAACCAUAAACAAGUGUAAACUUUUGGUGUUCAUUUAUAUAAUUAUUAAAUCCAAAAAUUAAGACUCAACGAUUCAUUAUUGAGCUAUCAUGUAUCGAUUAAUGACGUUUACAAUUUUUUCAAUUAUAUCCGGAUUAUUUAUUUUUCGACCGGUGCAUAGUAAAAGUCCAUUUAAAAAGGAUGCUAUUGCCAUCCAUUUUGCAUUGGUUAAGGAUUUUUCCGUCAAUGAAACUACUAUUAUUAAUAUUGCUACUCAGAGAACUUCUGAUCAACUACAACAAAUUUCCCAAGCAUAUGAAUCACGUUACGGUGAAAAAUUACUUAAUGACAUACGAGAUUAUCUAACGGGAAAAUUCGAAGAAAUGAUUACUUCUUUGUUUAUGGAUGAUACUGAUUUCUAUGCUGAAGAGUUAUACAAUAAUCUUCGUGGAUUUAAAGAUGACGAAAAAGUUUUUAUUGAUAUUUUACUGACUCAAAAUCAUGUGAAACUGCAAGAAAUAAAAGAUGUUUAUAAAAAAAAUUAUUUAAAUUCUCUUGAACACGAUUUUCAAAAAUUUACGACAAAAAAUUCAAAGAAGUUAUACAUCACGCUAUUACAAGGUGAACGAAACGAAACUAUGGUUAUAAAUUAUAUUCGUGCAGAACAUGAUGCUCGUCAACUUUAUAAUGCAGCCAUAACUCAAUCAACUGAAGUAAAUCCUGAUGUAUUUAUUAACAUAUUGACUUCUGUUAGUUAUGACCAGCUUCGACAUACUGUCAUGAAAUUUUUUGAUAUAUUUGGAGAGCAUAUUGAAACUGUAAUUGAAAAAAAUUUCACCGGUGAUUUUGCCCGCGCACUUAUCGCAAUUGUUGAAUAUGCAAAAUCCAGAGAUGGAUUUAUAGCCAAUAGACUUUACGAUAGUCUUGAAUAUGAUUUCGAUCACCGUAGCAUUAUUCGUUUGAUGAUCAUUAGUAAAAAUAUUGGGAUUUAUUCUAUCAGAGAAGCGAUUCAAAUACGUCAUCGCAUCGCACUUGAAUAUUUUUUAAAUCAAACACCAAACGGAGGUUUUCGAAAUACUAUUUUAAAAUUUCUUUUCCCUAAUUAUCCAACCUCAUGACUCGUCGAAUAAUUGUUUCAAGAGUACAAAUCUUGCACAAUCCCGACAAUUAAAUUUAAAUAAUUUCUCAUGAAAAAUACAUGUGAUUCUUACUAAUUUCGAUAAUUAUAUGUUCAAAAAUAAGAUGUUUUUGUAACUAUCAUGACAGUUAAUAAAAUUAAAUCACCUCAGUUUUUAUGAUGGAAUGUAACAGU